UUCAGACAUUUUGGUAUUUCGUGACUGUGUUGUGAAGAAAGAAAAUAUUUUACAGUUUUUGUGUGAAAAAAAGAAGUAAAACCAAAUAUCAAAUAGUUUAACUAAACAAAUAUUUAAAGUAACAUCUUAUCAAACAAUAAAAUCCACCUAUUUAUUAGUUUUAAAUACAAACAAAUUCUUAUUUACUUUUGAAAAUUUCAAAGACAAGACAACAAAUACACAUAUUGAAGGUUGUUGGUGCAAUUGAAAAGUACAAUUCUAGAGAAAAAAAGAAGAAAUACGGAACAAUUGAAAGCAAAAACAAAUAAAAACUAAAAUGGUAUCGAAAAAGAAUUUCCAACAAAAUGGCAGAGUUAAUCAGCAACAGAGGCAAAUUCCAUACAAGAAACCACCCUUAAAACCACCGAUGAUGCAAAAUUUCAAUAACCCCAUGUUUAAUGUCAGUCAAAUACCUGACAAUCCUGGUUAUUUAGAUUUUAAUUUACCCACACCACCGACUUUGUCAAAUAAUGCGACAGGUAAUGGGUCUGCUGCUAACAACAAGAAUGCCAAUGGUAAUGCUAAUACAGCCGGCACAGGAGCAGGCCAAAACAAUAAAAAGAAGAAUAACAAAAACAAACAGAGAAAUAAGCCACAGGCACAACAACAGAUAGCGCAACAGAAUGGUGGUGGCAAUUGGAAAAAUAAGAACCAACAAGGAGGUGGACCAAUGAAUCAACGUUUUAAUGGUGGCGGUGCAGGACGCAAUUUCCAGCCUAUGGGUAACCGUAGGAGUAGUCGUUUGAUGGGACCCAUGGGUGGUCCACGUGGAAUGGGUAUCAUGGGUCCACAAAUACCACCACCAAUGGGAUUCCAACCACCCAUGAUACCACCGAUGCCACCAAUGGGUCGUGGUGGUCCUCCACUACCACCCAUGGUUGCACCUGUACCACCACCAUUUAUGAGACGCGGUAAUGGUCCUAUGCCACCACCUAUGCCCCCUAUGCUGCCGCCCCGUAUGGCACGUGGCAUGCCACCCGUCCCCUUUAAUGCCCCCAUAGCCGGUCCAGGUAAAAUAAACAAAAAGGGCAAAGUUAACAAAAAGGUUACGAAAGGCAAGAGUACCAUUAAAACUUUAAAGAACCUAAUCAAUCAGUAUCCGUUAGAUAAACCCUGGGUAAAUGAUGAGAUACGCGGGGAGCAUGAGAAAAAAGUUGAUAUUGAAAAUCGCCUAAAAGGCAAUAAAGAUGAUGAACUUUUUGCUCAAUUUAAGGUACAACGUGAUAAAUUUGUAGCAAUGUAUGAGGCUGCUCGUGAAGAGUAUUUAAAGAAAGAGGCUGCUGCAGUUAAAGCAAAGGUAAGUUGAUUCAUAAAGUUUGUU